AUGGCAAAACAAAAUAACAAGCGACAAUUUCUUGUGCCUGAAUAUGCCUCUGAGUUAAGCAGUCUCAGUGAAUUUCUUGCAGAGUUUCGUGAUAAUUCAAUAGUAGAAAUUGAUAAUACUUAUGGGUAACGCAAAUACAUGAUUGAGUUGGUAUGAUAUAAUUGAGAGUAAAAUAGCAAAAAAUAGCAAACAGAUAAACUAAUCGCAUUGAUAUCUAUGUGGAGGAUCUUGAAUAUUACUUCAAUGAUAGAAUAGAUUUUGUUAAUAAAAUAAAGACAAAUACAUUGUCAUAUCAAAGAUUACUUUAUGAAGCUUGUGAUACCUUAAUGCCUCAACAAACUAGAGAUUUUGAAUAGAACUUUGAUUUGUUUGAUGAGGAAAUUAAUGUUCAAAGACAAUAGAAUUUGGAGUAAGAUGGAACCAAUAACCGAUAGAAGAGACUCCCCCCAGAACUCAUUCGCAGAUAGUAAAUUAAAUAAAUAAGUGUAGUCAACUAUUCAUAAUUCGAGGAACAUAAACAAAGUAGCAAGUCAUGGCCAUAAGAAAUCUAAAGGCACAACUAAUCGGCUCUUUAAUUACAAUAAAAGCUAUGGUGGUUAGGACAUCCGAAGUCAGACCAUAAAUAAUAGUAGCAUGUUUCUCAUGUGAUGCAUGUGGAUAUGAAAAUUAUUAGACAGUUCACGGUAAGACCUUUACUCCAAUGCUCGAUUGUGCAAGUGAUAAAUGUAGAGAUAAUAAAGUGAGAGGGAGGUUGAUAUUCAAUCAUGGCAGUUCAAAAUUCAUAUCCAAUCAAGAAAUCAAGAUCUAAGAACUCAAAGAACAAUUGCCUAAAGGAUCAAUCCCAAGAUCAUUUACAGUUAUGGCCAGAGGAGAUAGCAACAUUAGAAUUUGUUCUCCAGGCGAUAUGGUUACUAUUUAAGGUGUCUUUUUACCAGUCGAAAAAGAGGGAUUCUUUGCCAAUAAAGCAUCCUUCUACAGCACUUACAUUGAAGCAUUCCAUAUCAAAAGAGAUAAAAAGAAAUUCAAAGAAAUUGAUAUUGAAAGUGUCAGUGGUCAUAAGAUCUUUGAAGACAUCAAAAAAUAUCCAUUCAGUGAUUUGUAUAUGAAAUUAGCUAAGUCUAUUGCUCCUGAAAUCUUUGGAAUGGAAGAUGUUAAAAAAGCAUUGUUAUUAAUGAUUGUAGGAGGAGUAAGCAAAGAGAUGCAUGAUGGAUUAAAAAUUAGAGGAGAUAUUAAUGUAGCAUUGAUUGGAGAUCCAGGAGUAGCCAAAUCUUAAUUACUAAGAUAUAUAUCUCAAGUAUCACCCAGAGGUGUGUAUACUACAGGUAAGGGAUCAUCUAGUGUCGGUCUAACUGCAGCUGUCAUUAGAGAUCCUAUCACUGGAGAAAUGGCUUUAGAGGGUGGUGCUUUGGUUAUGGCUGAUAGAGGAGUAUGUUGCAUAGAUGAAUUUGAUAAAAUGAAUGAAAGUGAUAGAACUGCCAUUCACGAGGUUAUGGAAUAACAGACUGUCAGUAUUGCUAAGGCAGGUAUCACCACUACUUUAAAUGCUCGAACAUCCAUUUUAGCAGCUGCCAAUCCUCUAUAUGGAAGAUACAAUAAAAAAUAGACUCCACAUCAAAAUAUCAAUCUUCCUGCUGCCUUAUUAUCAAGAUUUGAUCUUAUUUUCAUCUUAUUAGAUGAAAUCAAUCAUGAGGCUGAUACUAAAUUAGCAUCUCAUAUUGGUAGAGUUCAUCAGAAUAAAUACAAGGAAGAUGAGACUCAGGAUUUGUAUUCAGUCGAAGAAAUCACCACAUUUGUUGCCUUAUCCAAAUAAUAUGAACCAAUCCUUACUUCUGAUAUUCAUUAAUACAUAGCUGAUCAAUAUGUUGAAAGAAGAAAAUAAACAUUUGAUAAGACACUUGAUGGAUACUCCUACACUACUCCAAGAACUUUAUUAGCCAUCAUUAGAUUAUCAUAAUCUAUUGUAUAUUACUUUAUUAUUAUUUUAGGCUAAAUUAUAAUUGGCUGACAGAGUUACUUAGAGAGAUGUCGAAGAAGCUAUUAGAUUGAUGGACAUUUCCCAAGAAAGUGUUAGGAGAGCAUAACAAAUAGAUGGUAUUGAUUUACAUUUAUGUUAUUUUAGACACUGUCUAAAGAAAGGAUAAAACUGCUAAAUUAUAUGAACUGUUGUCAUCUUUAUGUAACAAAAAUAAAGGAACCAUAACUAAAGAUUCAUUUGUUAGAUAAGCUAUUAGCAAAGGAUCAUAAAUGUAAGAAAUCGAAGAGUUUUUAAAUACAUACUCAUCACUUAACCAAAUUCAAAUUCAUGGAGAUCAAAACGAUAGAAUUACUCUAGUAUCAUGA